AUGAGACUGAGAAGCAACCACCCAUCGCUGCACAGUGACAGAGUGUUAAGGCAAUUAGAGCCAUGGUGUGAGCUUAACGAUAAAGUGGUUCUUGUGACAGGAGCUUCCUCUGGUAUAGGAAGAGAGAUCUGUCUUGAUCUAGGCAAAGCUGGUUGUAAGAUUAUCGCAGCUGCUCGUCGUGUUGAUCGCCUCAACUCUCUCUGUUCUGAAAUCAACAGCUUCGGUUCAACCAGAAUCAAAGCAGCAGCUCUUGAGCUAGACGUUUCAUCUGACGGGGCCACCAUUCAGAAGGCGGUUAAAGAAGCUUGGAAAAUCUUUGGAAACAUCGAUGUGUUGAUCAACAAUGCUGGAAUCAGAGGCAAUGUCAAGUCGAGUUUGGAUUGGUCAGAAGAAGAAUGGAACAAAGUCUUUAGAACCAACUUGACCGGAUCUUGGCUAGUAUCCAAAUACGUAUGUCUUUUAAUGCGUGACGCUAAACGCGGUGGCUCGGUGAUUAACAUCUCGUCGAUCUCUGGACUUCACCGCGGUUUGUUGCCUGGUGGACUUGCGUAUGCUUGUUCUAAAGGCGGGGUUGACACCAUGACGAGGAUGAUGGCUAUUGAGUUAGGUGUUUAUAAGAUCAGAGUGAACUCAAUCGCGCCGGGGCUUUGUAAGGACUCGGAACAGGACGCUAAGCUUCAAAGAGCUGAUGAAUACGACUGGGAAACGGUGGACGAAGCCCUGACUUAG